AUCUGUUGAAGGCGCGCUCUGUCCACCCUGCUCCAACCAACCCCAACCAACCGACAGUUGACGGAAGUUAUCGAACGGAGCCGAACCGAGCCGAACGCGACACAUCCAAACUGAACCUAUAAAUUGGACACCUAAAAACUGACAAACGGCGAGAGUUGUAUCCAGAUAGGCUAUUAUAGGCUAUAUAUAGGCUAUAACUUUUUGAUACUAGCUAACACAGUAAAAACACAGCAGGGAUGACGGCUCUAAGCAGCUGGGAGCUGUGCGUGAAGUACGCCCUCUUCAUCUUUAAUUUCGUCUUCUGGCUGGCAGGUACUGGGGUGCUGGCUGUAGCCCUGUGGCUGCGAUUUGACUCGAGGACAGUAGGACUGUUUGAAAGCGAGGACUCACCUACAGUCUUCUUCACUGGUGUGUACAUCCUGAUUGCGGCGGGGGCUCUGAUGAUGGUCGUGGGAUUCCUGGGAUGCUGCGGCGCCAUUAAAGAGUCGCCGUGCAUGCUGGGAUUGUUUUUCCUCUUCCUGCUCCUCAUCUUCGCUGUGGAAGUUGCUGCUGGGAUCUGGGGCCUCUCCAACAAGGACAGGGUGGUGGAGGACGUUACAGAGUUCUAUAAGCAGACCUACAGCAACUACAGAGACACCAAACAGGAUGCACUGAAGGAGACGCUGCGUCUCAUCCACUUUGGACUGGACUGCUGCGGCCCCACAGGGACGGUGAUUGAUGCUGCCAAAGAUAUCUGCCCCCAGCAGGAAGGACUGGCGCUCCUCGUCACCAAGAGUUGUCCGGCUGCCAUCGACGAGAUGUUCAACAACAAACUGCACAUUAUCGGCGGCGUCGGCAUCGGUAUCGGUGUCAUCAUGAUCUUUGGGAUGAUCUUCAGCAUGAUGCUCUGCUGUGCCAUUAAGAAGUCCAGGGACUUUGUCUGAACAAACCCCCUCCAUCUUUGACUUAUGUGUCCUUACAUUAACAACCUCUUUUUUUUUUUUUUUUGAGAUUAUAUCAGUUUAAUAAUCAUAACGUUCGUCCCUUAGUUUAUUGCUUGGAUCCAUACAGGAUGAACACACCUGUGAGAGUAUGGGAUGUCUUAAUAUUUUGGCUCUUUUCCACUUUGGGCACACAUGUAAUCUCUCUACAGAGGAAUGUGGACAAAGUUUAUUUUUUUUUUUUUUUUUCCUUCAUUCUGGUACCCAAUAUAAUGAAUGUACAUCCUACUUUUCAUCACAACACAGAACCGGUUGCUCUGAAGGAAAAAGACAUUGAGUGCUGCCCUCUAGAGGACAAUGAAGAUCCCAACUAUUAACUCUUCUAAUAUCUGUUCAGUUGAUGUGAAAUGUAUUAAGUUUGCCUGUGGUUGGUUUGUAAUCUAACCGGCUUUUUGCAGCUAACUGAAUUUUAUUUUUGCUCGUUGCUUAAAUGACAUGUCUUGAUUUUUAAGCAGAAGUGAGUUAUAUGCAAAUAUUUUGAAAGCAGUUUAAAUAUAUUUGAAAUGCCAAAUAAAUGAACUAAUGAACACUGA